AUGCGUUUCCUUGUCACGCAUUUCUUCGACUUUUAUACUGCUAAGGAGAGUGAGGGUCUGAAGGCGGCCCGUAGCUGCCAAGAACGAGGCUCUGGCCAUUCUCAGAUUCAGGCGACGAGACCCAACACCAUCCGCGUGGCGCUUGCAGAAAACCUGGCCGGCCCCAAUGCCACCCAUCUGGCCUGCCAGACUCAAGUCUCCGAAAUGGAGAGGUUCUUGAGAGAAUGGAGGCAGGAUGCCUACAACAAGGCCCAGUAUGACUCGGCCAUAUUCAUCGGCGACAAGCUUUUAGCGCUCACCAACAACGAUAAUGAUGCGUUCUGGCUGGCACAGGUUCAUUUUGCAACCGGCAAUUACACUCGAGCUCAAGCCUUUCUUUCCAAGUCAGACCUCAUAACCCGGAACCCUUCUUGCAGAUAUCUUGCCGGACACUGCUUCAUCAAGCAGUCGCGAUAUGACGAGGCCCUCGCUGUCCUCGGCGAUCGAAACCCUACCCAUCUGAUUGCGAGCUCGACGAACAAGCGGAAGGCUCAGAAGAGUGCCGGGAAGUUGGACAAGUCGAACCGCAUGGCAGACGGCUCAGACGAGGAAGCAGCUAACAGACGCUUCGAAGCGGCCAUGUGCUUCUUACGCGGUAUAUGCUACGCGAAACAGAACGCAUUCGAUCGUGCAAAGGAGUGUUACAAAGAUGCCGUAAGGAUAGACGUGCAGUGCUUCGAGGCUUUCCAGCAGCUGAUGAAGAACUCACUCAUGUCACCCGACGAGGAAUGGCAGUUUCUGGAAUCACUUGACUUUGACUCCAUCAGUGUUGCCGGGGAUGCUUCAUCAUCACAGGAAGCAGCCGAGUUCACAAGGAUGCUGUACACGACAAGGUUAUCCAAGUAUAGGAACCCGGGAUCCUUCACAACCGCCUGCGAAACUCUGUCGACUCACUACAAUCUCGCGGCCAAUCCUGAUUUGUUGCUCGCGAGAGCAGACUUGCUAUAUACACAGUGCCGCUACAAGGAUGCGUUGGCCAUAACGGAUUCGAUCCUGCAAGAGGACAAGUACAACUUCAACGUUUAUCCGCUGCACUUGGCUUGUCUCUACGAGCUCAAAAGGAAGAAUGUCUUGUUUCUCAUCGCCCAUGACCUCGCCGACAGUCAUCCGGAGGAACCGUCUACAUGGCUUGCGGUGGGCAUCUACUACUUUACUAUAGACAAAAUCGCCGAGGCACGCCGUUACUUUAGCAAGGCCAGCAUGAUGGACGCUCAUUUCGGGCCAGCAUGGAUCGGCUUCGCGCACACAUUCGCAGCGGAGGGCGAGCACGACCAGGCUAUCUCGGCAUAUUCAACAGCAGCACGCUUGUUCAUGGGCACGCACUUGCCUCAAGUGUUCCUUGGCAUGCAAAAUCACGCUCUUAACAACAUGACGCUUGCCGACGAGUUCCUAAAGACGGCCUAUGGCCUAUGCAAGACGGACCCGCUGUUACUAAAUGAGAUGGGGGUUGUUUACUAUCACCAGGACCGGCCGCUCGAUGCGGUGAAGCUCUUCAUUCGAGCACUGGAAGUCGCCGAGGACAUAGACUCUGAACCUACCGCAUGGCUAGCUGCGCGCACAAACCUCGCACACGCAUACCGCCGCGCUAAAAAGUACCCUGAAGCAAUGGAGCAGUUCGACGAGGUUCUUCGCCUUGGUGGGAAAGACGCAGCUGUCUUCUCUUCGAAAGGGCUACUCCUCAUGGAGCUAGGGCAACCAGAGGAGGCGAUCGCGGCUCUGCACCAAACUUUGGCCAUGAACCCGCAGGAUCCAAUUGCGACGGAGCUACUCAACAAAGCUCUCGAGGAGGCCGCAGGACUGGAACCACUAGUUGGUGAGGCGCAAGACGAAGCACUCGGAGCGUUUGAAAGGGAAUUUGAAAAGAUUCGAGGUCCGAAGCAACCGCGUCAGUCUAGACCGAAGGAGAAGGGAAAGGGAGUUUCCUUCUACGACAGGAACAGAAUGAGGAUCAUGGGCGGUGCUCCAUUGUCGGAUGACGUCGAGAUGGACGCAAUAGAGUGA